AUGAAGAUUGUACUGAUGGGUGCUCCCGGUUGCGGGAAAGGGACACAAAGUCCUUUUCUCACCGAACGCUACGGCGUUUGCCAUCUUUCGACUGGUGACAUGCUUCGUGAGGCUGUCGCGAGAAAGACUGAGUACGGUUUGAAGGCCAAACAGAUAAUGGAAGAAGGUGGUCUGGUAUCAGACAAUGUUGUAUUCGGCAUCCUAAAGGAGAGUAUGACCAGACCUGAGUGCAAGUAUGGCUACGUCCUCGACGGCUAUCCGCGCACGUUGCGGCAGGCGCAGUUAAUGGAGGAGGCGGGCGAGAAUGUAGACAAGGUCAUUCAGUUUGAGACCCCUGAUGAAGUUAUAGUUGAGCGAACUAGCGGUCGAUGGAUUCACCGUCCGAGUGGCCGCUCGUAUCACGAACUCUUUCUCCCACCGAAGGUGGCCGGUAAGGACGACAUUACAGGUGAACCGUUAAUGCAACGGCCUGAUGAUCGGAAAGAAGUUGUUGUUAAACGCCUCGCGACGUACCAUAAGGAAACAGAGCCGUUGAUCGAAUACUACAAGAAGAAGGGCGUGUUUGAGAGCCUCGACGCCAACCGCUCGGUAGAAGCGGUGCGCGAGACACUCAAAUCCAUUCUUGAUCCUGUGGCAAUUCGACUCGGGCUGAAGUAA